CACUGGCUAUCGAAAACAGCCCUAUGGCCAUAGCUAAACGUAACAAAAAAAAAAAGAAAUUAGCUGUCAACAAAACGUACGGCGAUGGUGAAGUUGGGCCUCACCGGCUAUCGAAUACAGCCCUAUGGCCAUAGAUAACAUAAAUGGAGAGAAGAGAAGGCCCAAGGUGAAGGAGUGGAUUUCGUAAAAACGAAGCCGAAACCAACAAUUCCAGGGGACGUUUUCUUCUUCCUUAAAAAGGGAAAAAAAGGAAGUUUUGUUUUCCUUUCCAAUUUCCCCCUUUGAAUUUUCAUUUUGAAAACAAAACGAUUGGCGUCUUUUUUGUGAAACGAAGUAGUUGCCUUUCCAAACCCAUAUAAUUUCUUCAAUUCAUCUUUCGUUUUUUUUUUCAAAAAUAUUUCCUUCUAAUUGUUGCAUUGGACGAAUCGGGAUUUGUAUUUGGAAAAUAUGGAAUCAAAUUCAUACACAUUUUAGAUCACUGGGGGUAACUUUUGCGUUUCAGCUCAUCAUUACCAACUUACCGUUCUGGAUUUUACGAAAUUUUUUUUAGAUAAGGGUAAAAAGCUUGCACGUGCCGCACGUGCGCUGAGUCAAAUUUUAAAGCCAACCAAUUAACCAAAAACCAUUUCCCUCCUCUUCCCGCCUUAGUGGCGCGUUUGUAAUCCCUUUUUCAAAUCCCGCUCCAUUUUCCCAAGAAAAAUUGAAAAAGGAGGCGAUAAAACGAAGAGAAAAUUAGAAAAAACUAGAGCACCGAAGCAGACUGAGAGAGAAACCGAAGAAAUGAUAGGCGAUAACUCCUUUUCCAAAACCAUAUGCUCCAUCUGCUACGAAGAUCUCAAACCAAUUGUCGAAGAUCUGCAAUCCAUCUCCAUUUGUGGCCACGUCUUCCACGAGCUCUGUUUACAGCAGUGGUUUGAGUACUGUUCGAAUUCUACCAAGAAAUACAACUGCCCUGUAUGCAAGCAGAAAUGUGCAGGGCACAAUGCGACUCGUCUUUAUUUCCAAUCAGUUGGAGAUCAAUCCGUUUCGCUUUGCUCCCAAAACUUGAUCGAUCGCGAAGAAGAUGCAGAAUCAUUACGCGUCGAAGUGAAGAGGUUGCUGGUCAAAGUAUCGGGGCUUAGUUCCACCUUAGAGCGUCAAGAGAAGGAACACAAUGAGAUCAACGAGGAGCUUUGUCUUUGCAAGGAGCAGAUAAAGAAAGAAAUGACAUUGAAGAAUGAGGCCUUAAGAGAAAAGGCAUUCAUUCAACAAAAGCUCAAUUCUAAAUCUGAGGAGCUUAGUAAAUCGAAUUUGGAAUGUUCAAGGCUGGAACAAAGAAAUAUGGCACUAGGGAAGGAACUUGCCGUACUAAAGUUGGUGUCAGAUUUGGACCUGGAGCAAGAUGAGAUUUUAAAGCUUGCCUCACUGGGGAAUGAAGCCAACAGCCAAGAUACAAUAGAUAAUCUGAUUAGGUCAUUGGCCAGCCAUAAAAAGAGUUACAAAGAAUUGAUGGCCAAGUGCAAUCUUCAUGGUAGAGGUGAAGCUCGUUUGCAGAAGAAACUUGAGAAAGCAAAAGCAAAGAUAGACAAACUGAAAACAAGAAUCCAGGAACUGGAAACAUCUAUUGAAGUGAAAGAUAAUGAAAUCUUGAGGGCUCUUAAAACUUCAAAGAAGACUGAUAAAGGGGUUAUUCUGAUGGUAGAUGAUAAUUCCAAUUCUUUAAUUGCCAAAAAUUCAUCAAAAGAACAUCAGAUUCAACAAUCCACUUUAACUUCAAAUAACUUGGAUUUAAGUGGAGGAUCACCCAAAGACUCACCAUGCUCAACGAAUGAAAACAUCCAUUUUGGUAGUCCUAUGGUUACAAAUCAUGGUAGGGAAGGACGUUCAAGUGCUGUGGUUCUUGAUGAAGUGAUAAAUCCUUUAAUGGGUGAGGAUGCAUUUAGACGUUCAAGUCCAGAUUUGAAAUGUCACCGUGAGAAUAUUGUUCAAGAGCCUGCAACAUCAAUGUCAAAGGCAGUUUCUGAUGUUAACGGAGCUGGCAGGCCAGAUAGCUUGAUUGGAUUUUAUGGUUCUAGAACUUGUUCAAGUAAUGAUAAGAAUGCUAAUCUUGCUCCUGCCACAAAGCCCAUGUUCAACAUUAAAACAGAGACUCCAUUUUCACUUCCACUUUCUGAACAAGGGAAUAUUUGUUUCUCUGGUGGAUUGCUAGGUCCUGAUGGAACAAAAUGGCAUUUAGGGAAAUGGUGCAAGCGUGGCAAGAUGCUUGGAUCAAUGCCCACACAAGGUUCAACUAAAAGUAGUGGUGAUUUAAUUACUGUUGGUGCUGAUGGGAGAGGUGGUAGAAUUAAAGUUAUGCGAUCUGUGAAUCAAUCUUCAUUGGAUAAGGAGAAUUCAGUUAGUGCAAAGAGAUUAAAAUAUGUGGCCAAAGCAAAUAGUUUGCAGUCUCAAGGAUGCUUGCAAAUAGAGCACUUCUUUGGAAAGGCCCAUUACUGAUUGAAAGUUGAAGGCACAGCCCACGGUAGGUCUUUGAAGACUCCUAUUCAAUUUUUAUGACCAACAAGAACAGCAAUUAUAUGCUAACUGACAUUAUGGAGUUCACUGCACUCUAGAAUCUAAUAAGGCGGCGGAAUGGUUAUAAUUUAUACCAAACUGCCGUGUGAAGAAGGUUAUCAAAUAACAUAGUAUCUAGGAUUCCAUUGGUAUAUACAACUGAGUUAAUUCAUUACUAACAUUUAACCUUAAGAUAAUUAAGUUCAUGAAUUGUUAUUGGCCGAUUGACUGACCGGUUAAAAGCUUUAUGUAAUUUUCUUCCGUAGUCUUUUCAUGCGCGUUAAUUCUGAUAGUUUGAUUGGGUAAAGAAUUAACUAGCUUAAAACAGACCCUUGUUCUGCAUAAAUCAAGUCAAAUUUUGCUGUGUUCUGAUGCAGUGGGAAGCUAGGUUUCAGCAGCCUGAAUAGAUGGAAAUGAUGAACCGAGGCGAAGAAAAUUUGCUUGUAAGCGAAAAUAAACCAGUUCAAAAUUUAGUGUUUCAUCUGUUUGAAGUAGGUUAAAUACGACUUAAAUAGUUACCUCGUGCCUGCUUAUUUUCCGUUGAAUGUCUGCCCUAGGUGACAUGGGAAAAUGUGGUCUGCGGCUACUAUCCUGUCAAUGAAAAACAUUAUUUUGCUGUCGUUUGCUUCUUGGCUUCCCAAGUGCCUCCCAAGUUUGACACCAGUCACGCGUGGAUCUGGAUGGAUUAGAUAGACUGAGACAUGAAUUGGGGAAUUUAUUGUUUCUUUGCGUGAGAAUUUCGAUGGCUUUAGAGGAAACGUUUUCUAACAAAACUGGUCUGCCAGUCCUAUUCCUAGGUCUUAAAACAUGUCAAUUUGCUGUCUUAUUCACUAAGCAUGUGUUGCUGAUUUCUCUAGAUUCGGCCUUCACAAACCUUUACCUCAUAUUGCCAGUAUUGGAUUUAUUGUCAAGAUUCAUUACAAUUGCUGAAACCCUUUUUUAUGUAUCGAGAUUAGUUAAAAGACCACAAAUUUUUUAUGGCAGAUUGACGAUUCCAGAACAAAUACCACCGCCAUAGCUAGAAAAAAAGAUAACCCUGAGCGAAAGUGAGAAUGAAGUACUGUCGAUAGUGAUACUUUUUUGAUAUAUAGUUGAAAAAUGUAGAAGAUUAUGACUGUAUUUAUGCUCUUGAUAUAAAAGACUUAGAACAAAGAUUAUUUGAAGGUUGCCAAGUCCCUUUCCAUCAUUCAGAUAUUUAUGGCUGCCCCUAGAUUAACGCCAAAUUAGUCUUCCGGACUGCCAUGUUGUCGAGGGUAUUUUUUUGCACCAAGUUUUUGGUGGACUGACUCAUGAAUUUUCAUUGGAA